AUGAAGAGCUUAAUUGACCUUGGUUUUAUCUCUAUAUCUGUAACUGAUUCCUCAAAGCAAUCAACUUCCUCUGCUUCUGUCGAUGGCGUUCCUGAUAAAGAGAAUACUUCGCCCCCUGCUCUAUUUUCUUCUGAUCUUCGUUCACUUGGAUUCAUUUUUCCGGUGUCUACUACUCAAGACAAUGAUUCGCGUCGACCUAACCUUGCUGAUUCCAACUUCAUUGUCCACAAAGAAGUUAGUUACGAUGAUAUUCCUGUGGGUAACUCUAUCAUCCCGAAUAACGCCCCUGGAAUGAGUUUCGAUGUUGUGUUGCCUCCUAUUUCUCUCAUCGACAUGAAUGCUGUUUUCAAGGAAAAUUUCUAUGAAGAUGCCUUUCGCGACCACAUCGAAGGCGUUCCCAAUUGUCUAUUUGGUGAGGUCUUUCUUCUUUCGGGAAGUGGUCGUAAAUUGGACGAAGGCGCGCUACGCUGUUUAAUCAUUUCUUUUGGUGGAACUGUUACCACUGCCUUCUCUCAAAAUGUAAACUAUGUCGUCGCUGGUGACGCGUUUGGUAUCUUCAAUGAAAAACGGGCUGAAGCGUAUGGAAUCGCUGUCAUCGACGAAGAUAUUGUUUUCACCCUUAUUAGAUCUUCACCCCUAGGAUCGAAUAUGUCCCCGGAAUCUGGAUCGAGAUCCUGUGAAAUUGGCUCAGUUAUAAGCACUUCUCCGCAAAUUUCGCCCAAUCGUGAUAACGAUGGAAAACGGAACGAACAAAAGAUCAAUGCUGACAUCUCCAAAACUGAUUCGAACGCGGGUUCAAAUAACAAGUUGGCGUCUGCUCAUAUCUCCUCGUCUGCCAGAUCAGUUGAUUCUGGUUCAGAAGAACCUCCUUAUUUAAUUGGCAACCUAGAAGAUGAUACUGUGGUAAUCAACCAACCUUAUCGGCCCGCUAGUCCUACUCUUGGUUCAUCAUCUAAUUCUGCAUAUGUCAACGAAGGCACUCGUUCUCCAAUUAAUUCAGUGUCAGUCGAUAAAGCUGAAGCUUCGGAUGUGUCUGUUCUUGGUAACUGCACUGCUACCCAUUCGAGAAAUUUUGUCAGUCUAGAAGAUGAUACUAUCGUCCUCAAACAAUCGCUUCGUCUUGCAAGUCCUACACCUGGUGCAACCUCCGAUUCAGCUUCUGUCAAGGAGGACCCUCGUUUUCAAAACGCUACUGCUUCUAUCGAAAAAGCUGAAGGUUCGGAUGUGUAUGGUCCAAAAAACUACCAUUCUACUGAUUCGAGAAAUCUCGUUUGUCUAGACGAAGAUACUGUCGUUUUCGAGCAAUCGCCACGGCCUACAAGUCCUACUCUCAACGAUGACCUCCGUUCUCCAGUUUCGUUAGAGUCUAACGAAAAAGCUGAAGGUUCAGAAGCGCCAGGUCUGGAAAAUUGCGCUGCUAUUGAUUCGACUACAACUCAUGCUUCCCCCGCUCUUGCCGACAUUUCUAAUGUUUCCGCGGCUGCCCCCUGCACGAGUUCACUCCCGGAAAAUAAAAUGUUGAAUCAUCCAUGGCAUAGUAUUGGUCUUGCAAGGAAUCCUGGCUCUCGGAUUAUUCCUCAGGGCAAACGAAAAUGUCUAGCUGGAUUCACUUUUGUUCUGACUGGAGACGGCGAUAGCAUGAAUCGACCUCAACUCACUUCAUUGAUAACUUCCCAUGGCGGCACCGUUUCUUCUUUCUUAUCUCUAAGUACUCAUUAUUUGGUUGCUGGGCUCAAUCCUGGAAAAUGUAAAUUGGAGAAGGCUAAGCGUUUAAAAGUCAGUAUUAUUGACGAGGCUGCUCUUUUUCACCUUAUACGAUCCUCCCCGUCUUUUUCCGAACGAUUUGAUGCCGACAAUUCUUUCCAUUCAAACUCUAGCAUGCAAUUGGAAGCUCCGCCUAAAUCCUGCGAUCCGGACCAUCACGCUGUUCUUUACGUCGACAAAUAUAAACCAACUCGUAUAAAAGAUAUAAUUGGGCAAAAUCAUUCGUCUUCGAACGCUGCUAAAUUGCUCGCCUGGCUCAAAAACUGGAAGUCAAGCCUCGAGGAAGGAACAAAGAACCGCGGAAAAUCGAAAUUUCAACCUGUUGUUUCUGGCAAUCAUUUACGCGGUGCUCUUCUACUUGGUCCUCCUGGUAUUGGUAAGACUUCCACUGCACACGUUGUUGCGGCUGAAGCUGGUUUUCACGUUAUCGAAUUUAAUGCUAGCUCGAUGAACGAUCAGUAUAUAUUGAUCAUGGAUGAAGUAGACGGCAUUUGCGGAUGUGAAGACCGUGGUGGCCUUGCUGAGUUUACUAGUCUUGUAAAACUCACCGAUAUUCCCAUAAUUGCUAUUGCGAAUAAUUGCUCCGCUCCUAAAUUCAAAAGUCUUCGGAGUUAUAUGUACGAACUACACUUCCCAGCAUUAAAUUCGACACAGAUUUUUGGUCGUUUAAGGAAAAUUACUUAUGUGGAGAAGUUGUCAAUACCCGAUGAAUGCCUUCGCGCAAUAAUACUUCGUUGCCAGUUUGAUGUUCGUCAAUGUAUCAAUACAAUAAAUAUGCUUGCCUGGGACAAUAAAGAUUCGCAACCUGUUUCUGAAUCGAUGUUCCAUGCAAGUUUGAAAGACAAGAAACCCCAUUUAUUUGAAGCUUCGACGCGUUAUUUGGAAGGGAACAUUUUCAAUGCGACGGAUUCUCUCGACGACAAGCUCGCUGAAAUGGACAGAUUAUAUGAUUGUUAUCCUGAUCUCAUGUUGAACAUGGUGUUUGAAAACUACGGAAGGGUCGUUCCCGAACAGCGUUUCUCCAAUCAGGAAAAAUUAUCUCUCGCCGCAAACUCCCUUUCUUCAUGCGACAUAAUGGAAACAUUGAUGACGAAACGCCAUCGCUACGAUUUACGCGAUACCCUAUCCACACUCUCUCGUCUUCCCGGAUGCUAUAUCGAUGGUUCUAUCGAUCGUUCGCUUAUGAAAUUUCCUUCUGCCUUGAAAAAUAGUUCUUCCUAUAUGAAAAACGGGAGGACUGCGACAUUACUUUCGUCCCACGCUCGGUCAAGUUGGUAUUAUUCUCGCUCUGAUAUCGCCUGUUAUUUUGGACCGAGCUUCAAAGAUCUCUACUGUCAGUUUUUGUUAAAUGCGUCUACAAAGCUUUUAACGGUCGAUGAAGCAGUGAAAAAUAUUGCUCAAUUGAUGAAUGGACACAGUUUGGCGAAGAGUGACAUCGAUAAUGUCAUCGAACUUACCCGUUGGCCGAAUAAAAAGCAUCCUCUCUGUGAUCUACCAAGGGCAAUCAAGACCGCCGCAACCAAAAAACUGAAUUCAUCACUUGUUCUUACUCCCUUUUCCCUCGCACAAGCAGAUGAUUCGAAGGAGGUUGAUUUGAGCGAUUCCAGUGACCAUUGUGGGCCCUCUAAAGACGGUAAAUCUACCGUUUCUUCGUUCACCAAUACCCAAUCUAACCCCCAGAAAAAGAAGACCUGUUAA